AUGGCUUCAACAUCUCAAAUUGGUUUUAUGUCAAAUCAAAUCGUCGGUAGUAAGUUGCCAUCAAAUAAACAAGUACUACGUGUUCUUUUUUAUAAAAUGCGCGUGGUUAAUUUAAUUGUUCACGAUAGUGCUUCAUUAGUAAAGUCAUUAUCAGACACAAGAAAUGAAGAGGACUUUGUCAAUAAGCUUGAUGACUUAUUUGAUAUCGCUCAUUCUGACGCUUUAAACUUAAUUAAAGUUGAAGUUGAUAAACAAUUUUUAUUGGCUCAGAGGGAAAAAGGAAGGUCAGGCUGUAUGUUAGGUGUCGAUAAAUUCAAUGAAAAAUGUGAAAUGAAUCAACAAAAUAAAAAUUUAAAUAUUAUCCAAAGAAAAAGAAAAGCUUACGAUGAAAUGGAAGUUUUAGAUCAUGUCGUUAACUCAGAAUUGUUAUAUUCAUCUUCAAACAGUUCUAGUGAGUGUGAUGAGACCGAAGAAUUAAUUGAAAAACCUAAUCUUCCCCAACUUAGAGGUAUAAAAAAUAUUUUAACCGACAAACUUGCUGCUGCAUUUGAUAGGCGUAAAAUAAGCGACAGAGACGCUGUUCAUAUAUUAAUGGCAACCGCGGAAUCGUUCGGUCUCGAUACAUCUGAAUUAAUUAUAAAUAAGACCUCAAUUAAUAAUUUUCCAAAACGUUUCCGUGAAAACCUAAUAAAAAAAAUAAGUAGUAAUUUUAAUUUAUCGACAUUAGGUCCAUGCACCAUUCAUAGGGAUGGAAAACUUCUUCCUUCAUUAUCAGGACAUCAACUAGUUGAAAGAUUACCAAUAAUUGUGUCAAAUAAUAAUAUAGAACAAUUACUCGAUGUGCCUGAAAUUUCUUCUGGUUCGGGACAAAGUCAAGCAGCAGCUGUAUACGCAGCACUUGAAAAAUGGGGUUUAACUGACAAAGUUAAAUCAUUAUGCUGUGACACUACUGCUUCUAAUACAGUAAAAUUUAAUACGUCAUCUGGACCAGAUGUUCCUAUUUUCAAUAAAUUCCAAAAGUCUUGGCAAAAUAUAAAUAAAAUAAAUUACUUAAGUUGA